ACUUUAUUGAAGAUUGUUAGAGAAACAACUAAAUACAUAUUUCCAUCCAUUAUGCAAACAGCUAGUAGAUUAUUUGUAUUACACCUAACAGAAGACGAAGUUUCUUUUCCGAAUAAAUAGAUUGGAACAUUAGUCACAAUAUCUAAAUCUUUAAGAUAGAAAUAUGGGAAUAAUUACCAGUAGUUCAUUAACAAUUUUUAGUGCAGGAAUAGGAAUUGGAGUAACUUCAGCUUAUUUUAUAUUAAGAUUUAAACCAAAACAUAGAUCCAGUGAUGAUAUAUGGAAAAAUGAAAUGGAGGAAAGAUAUGAGUUUGAGGAUCCCAAAGAUGAGUAUAGGUUAAUAAUGGGUGUACGAAAUGAUUUAAAAAUGCAAAAAGGAAAAGUAGCAGCACAAUGUGGACAUGCAGCAGUAGCUGCAUAUGCCAAAUCUCUCAAAGAACGACCAAUUCUUUUAAAAAAGUGGCUAAGAUAUGGAGGUACAAAGAUAGCAGUCCGUGUAGAUUCUGAAGAAGAACUACUAACAUUACAUAAAGCAGCACAGGCGGAGAAUAUUUUAUCUAGUAUCAUAAGAGAUGCUGGCCAAACACAGGUUGCUCCUGGAUCCAGGACAGUAAUUGCUAUAGGUCCAGCACCCAAAAGUGCCUUGGAUAAAGUGACAGGGCACUUGAAAUUAUAUUAGUACAAACAUUGACUGAUAUGUCAUAGAUAAUAAUUCGUGGAAAAUGUAUUGAUGGCAUUUUUUCAAAUGAUUUUGAAAUAAAAUCUGUGAUAUAA